GUUGUCAAAUUGCGAACUCCAGAAAAGAUAGCAGAAAGAUGGCGAUUUUCAGUUCCUUGGCACGUUCGAGCCAACUUUCGGCCCGUUUGGGGACUUUCUUGACCAAACCGGCGCUGUUGCAGGGUAGCAAAAAUGCCCUCGUCAGCACUCGUUCGAUGUCCGGCGGCCAUGGACCGAAGAAUUUCACCAUUACUCCGUCGCGUUUCCAAUGGCACAAGUUCAAGGAUAUGUUCCAUUACUACAUCAUGAUCGGCCUGAUCCCGGCCGGUGCUGUUAUUUUCUAUGCGAACGUGUUCGUUGGACCCGCUACGCUGACGGAAACCCCCGACGAUUACACCCCGAAACACUGGGAAUACCAUCGGCAUCCGAUCACGCGCUUCAUUGCUCGCUACAUUCUGCCGAAUCCGCAGCAAGAGUACGAGAAGAUGCUCCACCACAUCUAUGAGGAGAACGAGAAGGCUCACAUCCGUGCGCUGGAGAAACAAGUUCGCGAAAAAAUGGCCGAACGCAGCGAUUAUCAGUCGUACUACUACCGCCCGGCCAUAGGCAAGUAUCACCGGGUGGCCAAGGAGGCAGCUGAUGAGCUGGAAGCGCUCCGUGGUGAUUAAGAAGUGGGACGAAGUCAUGUAGAAUAUGUUAUUGAAUAAACGAAGUGGUGCUGCGA